AUGGAUUUCAUCAAGGACGCCGUCUCUAAUGUUAGCAAGGGCCAGAAGUCAGAGGGCCAGAAGGAAGAGAAGAAGGGCGAGAGCCAGGACUACCUUGACAAGGGUGUCGCCUUUGCCUCCUCCAAGGCUGGCUUCAACAUUUCUCCCGACCAGCAGGAGAAGGCGACCGAUUUCGCGCGAGAAGCUUAUGAGAAGCAGUCUGGCAAGAAGGUCGAUCCCAAGAUCUCCCAGUAA